ACGAGGGUUGUUGCUGGGGGGUUUUUGCCAGUUGAGGCUGCCUAUUUUUCAUUAUCCAUGAAACGGAUGUUAAUGCAUUUUGGACUGUUUGAAAAAGUUCUCUCAGGUGAGAUUUAUCUGCUUGAGAGCACCACGUUUCUCUGGGUUCCUUCUGAUCCACAGGAAAGUGCUCUGCCCAGAGCCCUAUGGAGCAGCCAGGAAAACAAGUGAAAUCUGUGCUUUUAAAAUCCAUGGACAAGAAAUGCCCUUCGAAGCUGUUGUGCUAAACAAGACAUCUGGAGAAGGUCGUCUUCGAGCAAAAAGUCCUAUUGACUGUGAACUGCAGAAGGAAUAUACAUUCAUCAUCCAGGCCUACGACUGUGGAGCAGGACUAGGUGGAACAAACUGGAAGAAAUCUCACAAGGCAGUGGUCCAUAUCCAGGUAAAGGAUGUCAAUGAGUUUUCACCAGCUUUCAAGGAGAGUGUGUAUAAGGCCACUGUGACAGAGGGAAAGAUCUAUGACAGCAUACUGCAGGUAGAAGCCAUAGAUGAGGACUGUUCCCCGCAGUAUAGCCAGAUCUGCAAUUAUGAAAUUGUGACAACGGAUGUUCCUUUUGCUAUUGACAGAAAUGGUAACAUCAGAAACACUGAGAAACUGAACUAUGAUAAACAGCACCAGUAUGAGAUAAUGGUAACAGCUUUUGACUGUGGGCAAAAACAUGCAACAGAAGAUGUCUUAGUACGAGUCAAUGUCAAACCAGUAUGCAAACCAGGCUGGCAAGACUGGAACAAACGGAUUGAAUACAAGCCUGGUUCUGGCAGCAUACCUUUGUUUCCCAGCAUUCAUCUAGAAACGUGUGAUGGACCAGUUUCCUCAAUACAUACCACCAUUGAAUUACAGACCAAUUACAUUGGAAAGGGCUGUGAUCGUGAAACGUACUCAGAAAAAUCUCUGCAGAAAUUAUGUGGAGCUUCCUCAGGUGCGAUUGACCUGUUACCAUCUCCCAGCGCAACAACUAACUGGACAGCUGGGCUUCUCAUGGAUAACAAUGACAUGAUUUUUAAAUUUGAUGGAAAGCAAGGAGCGAAAAUCCCAGAUGGAAUAGUCCCGAAGAAUUUAACUGAUCAAUUCACCAUUACUCUGUGGAUGAAACAUGGACCUAGUCCUGGAUUAAGAGCUGAGAAAGAGACUAUUCUCUGCAACUCUGACAAGACAGAGAUGAACCGACAUCACUAUGCCCUGUACGUACACAACUGCCGAUUAGUAUUUCUGUUGCGCAAAGACUUUGAUCAGGCUGACACCUUCCGUCCUGCAGAGUUCCACUGGAAACUGGAUCAGAUUUGUGAUAAAGAAUGGCAUUACUAUGUUGUCAAUGUUGAGUUUCCCGUUGUUACAUUAUACAUGGACGGAACAACAUAUGAACCUUACCUUGUGACCAAUGACUGGCCUAUCCACCCCUCACACAUUGCCAUGCAGCUGACAGUUGGUGCUUGUUGGCAAGGAGGUGAAGUCACCAAGCCCAGAUUUGCUCAGUAUUUCCAUGGCAGCCUGGCCAGUCUUACUAUCCGACCAGGCAAAAUUGAGAGUCAGAAAGUGAUUUCCUGUUUGCAAGCCUGCAAGGAAGGUCUGGAUAUUAAUUCUCUUGAGAGUCUUGGCCAAGGAAUAAAGUAUCACUUCAACCCUUCCCAGUCAGUCCUUGUCAUGGAAGGAGAUGACAUUGAGAAUAUAAAUCAAGCUCUCCAAAAGGUCUCAUACAUCAACUCUAGACAGUUUCCUACUGCAGGCGUACGACGUCUCAAAGUCUCAUCUAAAGUCCAAUGUUUUGGUGAAGAUGUCUGCAUAAGUAUCCCAGAUAUAGACGCAUAUGUAAUGGUGUUUCAGGCCAAUGAGCCCAAGAUUACAAUAAGUGGGAUGGACCACUUUGCUAGACCAGCUGCACAAUUUGAAAGUGAAAGAGGUGUUAUUUUGUUACCUGAUGUCAGGAUUGUCAGCACAGUCACUAAAAUGGAGCAUCCAGUGGACUUAAAAGAACAUGACAGAGCCAAUAAACCAAUGGUAUUGGAGGAAAUGCUUCACAACUUGGAUUUCUGUGAUAUUUUGGUCAUUGGUGCAGAACUAGAUCCUGAACAAGAGUGUUUAGAGCUAGAUCAUGUGGUGCUUCAAGGAAAACAUCUAGAUGCCACAAAUUCCACAGCAGGAUAUUCAAUCUAUGGUGUGGACAGCAUGCACAACUACGAGCAGGUUCUUCAGCAGAUUCGAUAUCGUAACUGGUACACUUCCGUCACCUUUGACAGAAAGUUCAGAGUCAAGUGCUCAGAGCUAAAUGGACGUUACACUAGCAACGAAUUUAACUUGGAGGUUAAUAUUCUACACAGCUCCAACUCCAACUUCAUGGACCAUGUAAAUCAUAUGAUAAUACAACCACAGUUUCUCCAAUCUGUCCACCACCCAGAGGGAAGCAUAAGUACUGUUCACAACUCAGUUGUUCCAAGUGUGGCUACUAUCGUUAUCAUAAUUUGUGUGAGCAUACUCAUUUUCAUCAUAACCUUGGGGGUCUAUCGAAUUCGGACAGCUCAUCAGCACAGCUCUGCAGACAACGAGGGAAGUAAAGAAAAUGAAAUGGAUUGGGAUGAUUCUGCUCUGACGAUUACUGUCAACCCCAUGGAGAAAUAUGAAAAGCCUCACCAGACAGAAGAAGAGAGUGAGGAAGAAGACAUAGAAGAUGAAGAGGAAGACACAACCAGUGCUGAAUCAGAUGAAAGUGAAGAAGAGGGGGAGGAGGAGGAGGAAGAAGAAGAGGAAGUGAUUGUCCAAAAAGGAGACAAACAGAAUGCCACCAGGCAAGAGCAGUUGGAGUGGGAUGAUUCAACACUCCCGUACUAACAGCCCUCCAGCCACAUUGCUCUUUUGUAACAACCACUACAGUGUUUUUUCAGAGUCUAUGAAUUCACUGACAGGAUUUGAACUUCUGCUUGCCUGUAACUGUUUUGCCUAAAAUGAUCUUGCUGUAGUAAUUGAUAAUGAUAGAACCGACCCUUUUCUUACGAAGCCCGGAGAAAACAUGGUACAAACAUACAGGCAUCACUAGUAAUGAAGUAAUCUAGAACUUGAUCUGAUAGCAAGCAUAAUUCUCAAUUUCUUGUUUCUUUACCACAGAAUGUGACAAGAGUCCUGUCACUCAAUCCAUAGAGGUUUUUGCCUUUGCUAGUUUUUUCAUACAGAAGAGAUUUCAGCUUGUUAUGAAGAAUUACUUGUGUGGGUCCAAAUAACAGUUGCCAUUUGACUUCACACUUGCAGCUGUAAAACAUAUCCACCUUCAAAUUGGGGCAGAGUUUUAGUGCUACAGGUGACAGAGACUGAAUUCCAUUUGUCGUCUUGUCCUGCCUUCUUGGUUGUUAACUGUCUUUCUUUGGCAAGGGAAUAUAACUAGGACUUGACACGGGAUGCAUGUGUGCCUGUGUAGAAGUGUUUGGUGUAUUUUUCAGGCAUGCUGUCAGAACCCCCAAGACAGGGAUUUUAUCCAACCCACCCAUAAAAAGAAGAGUUUAAGAAAACAGCAACAAGGGGCUGCUGGAGGUUAC